CUUUCAGGCAAGUUAGUCAGCCAUGUAUCCAGCUGUCUACUGCUGUAGAAAUGUGUUGAAUUUAAAAGUCACAUUAUUUGUUGUCGGGAGUGUCGUUCUACGUGCUAAUAACCUCAUCUUAACGCCAAAAAGUGGAUGUUUUAACUACCGCUACUCUUAUCUGUGACAGACGUCCGACAUUCUGUAAAAUCCUGCUAUACGAAGGAACCGUUGAGAGAUUUUAUCAAACGAUGUCGCACAGCACAUACAAUACACUCUGGUCUGAAGCCCAUGAGGAGCUCAGUUGUUUGCUGGAUGAAGAACUCCCAGAAGAACCUCUCCGUCCUGAGAGAGACAGAGUGGUGUUCUUCCAAAGGCUCGCCAGCUUCUAUGUCCGCUAUGUGCAGAUGUUCAGACAGCUGGAAGAGGCCUACGACCAAAGCGUUCACCCUCAAAAGAGGCGCGUGAUUAGGCAGGUGCUGGACAGUGUGAUGGGCCGAAUUCUGGAGCUCAAGAACGAAAUGGUGGAAAAGGAAUAUUCUGAAUACCACUACAUGGAUGACAUCAUCCAAGACCUGAAGUUAACCCCUGAGGACCUUGAGAUUCCAAUUCCCAGGUAUUUCAUUCGAGAGCGGAACAGAGUGCUGCAGGAUAGAGAAAGAAUGUUCGCUGCUGUAUUGAACCAAAUGGAUGUCACAGAAAAGGCAGGACCUCCUGUAAUGCGCAUGCUGACUCUGGAGAGGGCCAUUAAAGUCAUCCAAGUUGCUGAAAGAGCACGGCAAGGCCGACUGAGGGCAAAAUUCAUGAGAGAGAUUCAUAAAGACUCUGAGAGACAGAGGAAAGCUGAGGAACAAGAGGAAGUUAGCACUGACCAGGCCGCAGUUUGUAUCCAGAAGGUGUGGAGAGGUUUCAUGCAAAGAAAAAUUACAAAAAGGCUGCGUGAGGAGGAAAUGAUAUUUCUUGGAAUGGCCAUGGAUCCAAAACUGUCCAAUCAAUCCCAAAAUGAGCUGGAUGUCCUAAACAAUGAGGCCAACAGGCGAAUUAGGCAAGAGGAACAUGAAGAUGACUAUCAGAAGUCCAUCGGAUCUGUUAUUCAUCAGCUGAGGGAAGUGGAGGGCCCAGAAAUGAAGGAGACCAUGAAAGAUCAGAUCCGACAGUGGUUCAUAGAGUGCCGUGAUGCAACAGGUUCAUUUCCUGACUACCCAGAGGAGGAGGAUGGAGGUUCAGCUCUCAUAUUCGCAGAGAAAACACCUGAGGAGCUGGCAGAAGAACUGGCAGCAAAGGAGGAGGAAGAUGCCAACAAAAAGCCGAAGGGCAAGGAGGAGACGAAAGAAAAAAGAAAGAAAGAGAAAGUCGAUGACGAAGAGGAAGAGCCUGGACUGAAGAUGCUACCAUCUGCCUAUCUGGCAGAUCUUGAGAGGGGACACAAGACAUUUUCUGAGGUUUGGAAAAACAGAAACGAGUCCAAGAAUUUUAGUCAAAGACAUGAGCAGGAGCUGAUCAAGGAGGAGAAAAGAAAAGAGAUUGAGGUGGAAAUAAGAAAACAGGUGGAUGAACUGAUGAGACAGGAACUGGCUAAUUGGAAGCUGGCUGUGGAUAAAGAAAAAAGUGGAAAGGUCAAGGGUGCUGCAAAAAAAAAAAAGGCAUCAAAAAGUGGAAAGAGGAAGAAGAAGGACAAAGACCUUACAGCAGACAGGACCACCGAGUCACUGUUUGAAGAGCUGGUUGAAGAGGAAUUGCUGAAAAAGGCAGAUAAUGUUAAACUAAAAGAUUAUCUAGGGGACUAUAGCUACCUUGGCACAACUCUACGACAGUCUGACAUUGAGCCUAUGCCGUCCUUAUCUGAUGUUCGGCAAGUUGUAGCUCUCUAUGCUGUCUUACCAUUAGGUUCCCAAGCUGUGCAUGAAAAGGCACCCCUGGUGAAGACAAUACUGCUAGUAGGGCCAUCAGGGGUGGGUAAGAAAAUGUUGGUCCAUGCCAUCUGCCAGGAGACUGGAGCCAAUCUGUUUGACCUUUCACCUUUAAACGUGGCUGGGAAAUACCCUGGCAAGAGUGGAUUGCAGAUGAUGCUGCAUCUGGUGUUUAAGGUUGCCAGAUUGAUGCAGCCUUCUGUCAUAUGGAUCGGAGAAGCUGAAAAAAUGUUUUACAAAAAAGUACCGAAAGAUGAGAAGGAGUUAGAUCCGAAGCGUCUGAAAAAAGAUCUACCCAAGAUCCUCAAGUCCAUUAGAGGAGAAGAUUGUGUUUUAAUAGUAGGAACGACAAGUGAUCCACACAGUGCAGACCUGAAAUCCUUGUGCAAAUUCUACAAUAAGAUAAUCCUCAUACCACGGCCAGACUAUGCAUCAAGAUAUGUGAUGUGGAAAGAGCUGAUAAAAAAGAAUGGAGGAGAAGUGACCAGUGACCUGGACCUCAGCUCUCUGGCAAAGAUCUCUGAUGGCUACACACAGGGUCAUAUGGUGCAGGUGGUCCGUAGCAUCUUGACUGAACGGCGCAUUCAGCAAUUUCCUAAACGUCCACUAACUGCCUCAGAGUUUGUGUCUCCGCUUGCAAGAAUCGACCCUGUGUUUCAGGAAGAAGAAGAGGCACUAAAAAACUGGUAUGCCAAGACUCCCCUUGGAAAGAAGAGAAUUAAAGCUGCCUCAGGGAAGGAGGGUGAUGAAGAGCCCCCAAAAACAGGAGGCAAAGGUGGCAAGAAGAAAGGAAAAAAGUAACAAUAUAAGUGUUAACAUGAGCAACCACGGUACCACAUUCCCUGCCUUCACCAAUAAAUGUAUCAAUUUGCUUACGACAUCAUAAUCUUAUGACAGUAUGCUUGUUUUUUAUUCAGUUGUAAAUUAAAUUCCCAAUUGAGGGGUGGAGCUUGUGGCUCUAUAAAUACACAGAUACCAUCUCCAUCAAAGAGGAAAGGCGUAUCUCGUAGUUCAUUUAAGAGUGUAAAAACCAGUGUGAAAAACAUGAUCACAUGGCUUAUCGUAUCUAACACACUGUAUGUCCCCUCAACAAACUGGCAUAUAGCCUGAACAUUUUUGUAACUGACAAAAAAGUGUCAUUGCUAACAUGCUUAAGCCUCAAAAGUAAAGUGUUGUAUAACAAAAAUAAUGGAGAUACAUUAAUCUGUGCAAUAUAACAGAUUAAAUUUAGAUUCAGUUAUUUUAACCAGUAAAAUUCUUAUUGUGGUGAGUUAAAAUGGCACUUAUUUAGGUGUUCCACUAUUUCAUUAAAUUGUAAACCACAAAUGUCCAGCAUUUUUAUAUCUACAGUGUCCCCUAUACAUUACCAUUCAAAAGUUUGUGGUCAGUAAGUCUCUUAUGCUCACCAAAGCUCCAUUUGUUUGAUUGAAAAGUACAGUAAAAACAGUAAUAUUGUAAAAUAUUAUUACACUUUAAAAUAACUGAUUUCUUUUUUAACGGGGACAUCGGGUGCUAAAUUCACUUUUACAUGGUGUUUGCAUAUAAAUGUGUCUUAGCAGUGUGUGGACAUAACCACCGUACAAUUAUCUAUUUUACUUCUUUUUUUAAUCCCUGAAAAACCUAAAGUCUUAAUUAUAUCAAGAUGUUUUGAUUUUCUGAAAAGUAUGAUGUCAUACUGCACAGGUCCCGCCCACGACCACUGACGUACUGUCUUGUAUAGUAGCAUAUUUCCGGCCUCAGCCAGUUGUACGCCAUUUUCUCAGUGCUCAAGCAGCUGUAGUGACAACGUCUCAACAAUUAGCUCAUUAUCAUUUAAAGUGGCUCAUUAUCAUUUAAAGAGCCAUGCACCGAAACAGGUCGCUGUGAACAGAGCUUCUUUUUGACAAGGUAAAUUUUAACCACAGAAUUUUGCAGACAUUUUAUGAGGACCCUAAAGAAUCAUACCAACUUGUGGAAAAUGGGCAUCCGAUGUCACCUUUAAUAUAUUUUAAAAUGUAAUUAUUUCCUUAGAUGACAAAGGAGAGUAUUCAGCAGCCAUUAAUUCAGUCUUCAGUGUCACAUGACCCUUCAGAAAUCAAUUUUUUUUCUUAUAUGCUAAUUUAAUGCUCAAGAAACCUUUCUUAAUAUUACCAGUCCUGAAAACAGUUGUGCUUUUUGUCAAAAACAUGAUAUUUUUUCAGGAUUCUUGAAUGAAUUCUAAAAAUUCUAAAAUAAGUCUAGUUUUAUUAAAAGUAAAAACUAAAUUAAAGGGUUCAUUUUCUUUAAAUAAAAAAGUGUACUGAACCCAAACUAUUGAACGGUAGUGUACAAAUAAGACAUGAGUGUUGUAUUGAUAUUCAAGUUGCACUUUGGUAAGAUCUCCACAAUCACCAGCCUGCUAAAAAUGUGUGCUUUUACUAAUGUUAAGCUAAGAGGUUUCCCUGCAUAAGAAUUCUUCCAGGGUCUGCUAUGGGUUGUCGGGGUCCAUACAUAGAGGUGAAAAGACAGUACGUGCUUCAGAUCAAGGACAACUAAUGGGAGAAGGGGAUUUUGUAGCCCCAGUUAGACAUGUGGAGCUGUGAUUGGUCUGGGCUGAAACUGAGACAGCCCCCCAGACUAGGGUUUAAGGGAUUAUCUCAGAUCAACAAAUGGACAGCCACUCUGUCAAAGCAAUGCAACUCAGUGCUGGUAAACAUGUAGAUCUGCAUAUUUCAUUGAAGUAGAACUUUUGUCCAGUGCAUUCCAAUUUCACAAAGUUAAAAUUAAGGUUUUGGUGCAUCAUUUAACUAAUGAUGCAGGAAUAAGCUGCACAGCAUCAACAUCAUUGAUGUCCAGAAGGUCAUGCUGUUUUCACUCUCACUAUAAUUACACUUACAUUCCAACCGUGUCAUGGGUACUAUGGAUUGAAUUUAGCCAAAUUGCUUUACGUUUAUAUACAUAUAGUUCUAAAGCAUGUUUCUGAUUAUGUGCAUAUAAAAUUGUUU